UCCAGCGACCGUACUGUGAGGCGACAGCACUACCUACUGCGCCACUGCUUCGCCAAAAAAUACAACUCAUAACAACUUUAUUAAGGUUUGGAACAACCCAGGAAGGUUAAAUACAUUGAGUUAUGCAGUUCUGAGCAGGCCUCGCACUGGUGAGUGGGCUUAACAAACCACCUGUAGAAAACAAACAGUUUCAACUAGUACUUGCACCAAAUUUGCACCAGACACUUUCUUACACUCGCUCUAUAUCUCUAAAAAAUGCAUAUAUGAAGUGUGUUUUACAUAGAUAAGUGGCCUUGACAAACCACCCGUAGAAACCCUCUUCUUUCUAUAAAACAAAAACACUACCUUCUCCUCUAGCACUUAAUUCUCUAAGCAGUAACAGUUCCUUUAUAUAAUUGGAACCUCUUGUGUGUAUUGCCUCUUGUUGUUGAAAAGGAGUGCCUCUUCAAUUGUAGUUCGACAAAAGCUUCUGCUAAAUGGACUCAAUGAAAAUGAACUUUUUUUUUUUUUUGCUGCUUGUUCAAACUAUUUAAAAUGUUCUGAAACAACAAAAUUCUUGAGAUUUUUGUGAGACUUAUUUGUUUUAUGUCCAAUCCAUUUAAAUUUAAAUUAAUUGAUUUGUGUUGCGACAGCAUCAUAUCAUCUUUUUGGGUAAAAUAUCCUUUCAGUAUUCUUGUUAAAAUAUAUUGAAAAUACAUUGAUUUCAUUAUGCAUUUACUUUUUAUAAUAACUAAAAUAUGCUGUAUGUUUCAUGUCAAAAUGUUCUGUCCAAUAUUGCUGUAUAUUGUAUAAAGUAUAAUAAUGUAAAUGAAGGAAAAUGUUUCCUCAAGGAAGAGUUAGCGUCCUGAGAUGUGAAACUAUUAUUACCACAAUCCUUUAUCACAGUUGCAGUCUUGGAUGCAGCAGUUGUUAUCACACGUUAUAGAAAGCAGGAUCACCUCCACAGAAGAAAAUAGGUGGAAGAUCAUGCAUGUUUUAUAACCUUCCUCGUCUGUCUGCCAGUCAGAGUUUCCAAGCAACAGAGGUCAGAAAAGAACAGCAUCAGGGUCCUGCAUUUCGCUUUGUUUUGGGUGAUUUGGGCAUAACCGUUGGCUUUAGAAAAGCUAUGGAGCACAGACAGCAUUUCGGAAGUUUUUCACUAUCUGCCUUCAAUGGAAAAUCAUGAUAAGUGUCUGCUUUCUGCUGAUGGUGACAAUCAGUCAAGUUGACCUGGCUUUACUCUGUCCCUCUUCAUGUUUGGUGUGCUCUGAGGAUGUCACCAUCUGUCAGAAACUUAGGAGCAUCAUUGAUGCACCAGGCUCCACUAAAGCUUUGAUGCUGACUGAUGGACUCAUUGAUUCUGUGGGCAGUAUGGUCUUCUCUGAUUUAUCCAAUAUGAGUGUUCUGGCGCUCAGUAACAAUGCCAUUUCCAGCAUCACGGAGAACGCUUUUCAGAACCUCACUUUUCUCACAACACUAUCCCUGGACCACAACCACAUCUCCAACCAGGCCUUAAACAGCUCCACGUUCUCUUGGCUCCACAGACUGGAGACUCUUCAGCUCAGUAACAACCACCUGAAAGACAUUGAUGGCUCCUGGUUCCAGAGCUCCAUAGCUUUAAAAACACUUCAGCUGGAUGGAAACCUUCUCACAAGCUUGAACUCCACCACCUUCGCUCACGCAGACCUGAGGAACUUGGAAAUCUUGGAUUUGUCAGACAACCUCAUCGUGACUUUGGGACGUGAAAGCUUCCGUAGGCUUCCUAGUCUCCGCAGGCUUGAUCUAUCUCGGAAUAAUCUCAGCAGUGCUCCGGAUGCCUUCUCGUACCUGUCAUGGCUCUCGACACUGAACUUGGAUCUGAACCGCUGGAGCUGCUCGUGUGAGCUGAGAGAACUGGCCUCGUUCCUCAAUAGUUUCAUUCAGGCUCCUGAGAAUGUGUUGUACAAUGGGCAGAAGAUGGCAUGUGUGAAUGCUGAUAAUCCAUCUGUGCAGACUGUGCUGCAGCUGACCGAUGCUAACUGUGUCCCGCCAAACAGCAACAUCACAGUGGAGGUCGUGGCCAAAAGAAGUAACACUUCUCAGCAAUACAUCAGAAAUGUUGCGAUUGCCGUUGUGUUUUCAUUUUUGGGUGGUGUUGGGAUCACUCUGGGAAUAAUCGCCAUUGCAUAUCACAAACUUAGUAAGAAAUUCAAACUGAUGCAGGAGGAACACGGAGCUUCAGAAAGGAUCACAUCCAGCCCAGAAAUGGCCCAGUGGAAUUUCUGUGAGGGCAAAGAUACUUUAUCCAUGAGCCAUGCUCUGUACAACAGUAACUACAAAUCCCAUCAGCCCUGGGACAGAGAAGACUCACCAUAUGGGUCAGAUGAGCUGGAGAAUCACUUCACCUGCCACAAGUGCAGCUCUACAGCUCUUACAGGGGGAAAACCCAAAAGAGAGACUGUCCUGCAGAAAACCACAGAAAACCUGCAGAAAAAUCACAUGAGUGAGCAUCUGGCUCAUCGCCAACAUAACGGCAAUCAGCAACAUUCAGUGUUGCAACAAAGGAUCAAAGACAUGCAUCUAAAAAGACAAGCCGAGAGAGACUCAAAAAGUCAUCUGGCCAGUCAGGACUUUACUUCCCAGCGUCGUGGGGGUCCAGACGACAUCUCAGCUGUCAGAAUACAGCAGCUGGCCCUCAGUAAUCAUUUCUCAGCCCUCCAGAGAGGCCCAUUCAGACCCCCAAACCAUAUCUACAAUGAAGAAACUCAAGCUAAUCACUCACUGUUAAAGCACCAGGCCUCAGAAACCACUCCGCGACCGAUUUACCAAACUAUCAGCUGUCUGCAUUGCCAUCAGACCUAUGAAUACAGGCAAGCUCAGAGUAACAACCACGACUUCCCCUUUACAAACCACUCGCAGAACAGAGGACAAAUGUACGACGCUAUGCUCUACAGAGACAUCUUGGGUUACGAGAAGAGAGACGCCGACGGAUGUGAUGAGAGUGAGCUGGGAUUUAAGUUAGCUUCUCAAAGGAGCGUUACUUUUGAUCUCACGAUGCCUGAAGAACGAACAGCCGACAGACGCAACAACCAAACAUCUUUGCAGAAAAGCCAGCGGAAGAGCAGCGCACAAAAACCCCACAAAUCCAGAGGACAAACCAAGAAGACGCUGAGAGUGAAGUUAAAUUUAGACCCUCUCAGGAAAAACAGAGUUCAUCCCAAGUCCAAAAGCGAAGAUUCCAAGGCGGAUGACAAAAAGAGGAAGGAGAAACUACGAAGCAAAAAGAAAACGUGCAAAAAAUCAAAAGAGGAUUCUGUUGGAAAUGAAGAAACCUUAAAUAAGAGAGACGCUCAAAUGAGAGUAAGCAAAUCUGUGCCUGAAGAAACAGAACAGAACUCUACUCCUGCUGAAGGAGAAACUCAGACGUCAGAUGCUGUCUUCAGCAGUAUUUCAGAAGCUCAGACACCAUCAGUUCUUACAAUAAGUCCUCCAGAUGAUGCCUCUGACGCCCAGCCGAUUUCAAAUGCUGCACUUCCAGUGGUUGAAUCUGCUUCAGGAGAUAUGCUGGAUCAGUCCAGCAGUUCAGAUCUCACCAGUUCUGCUGCGCCACUCAUACAAGAAUACGUUUCUUCAAGCGAAGGAUCCUUCAAGAUAAGACUCAUCCUGCCUGAAAAAAGCUCCAACAGGCCACAGACGGCACUAGAUAAGAAAAUCAGAUAGCGUUAUUCUUUUUUUUUUUUUUUUUAUAAAGAAAGCACAUGCACUUUCAUUACAUAGCUGUCUGAUAAAUUACUGAUAAGCAUAAGCACAGGCUUUUAUAAUGUGUAGUCUUGUUUUAUUAUGUAGAUUUUAUUAUAUACUAAAAACACUGAUUUACUUGGAAAUCCUUUUUAAUUUUGGGAAUUUCUCAAUCUGUAGAAAUACUGAAUUAAAUGUGAGUUUUAUUAUUUAUAUUUAUUUUAUUUUAUUUUGAAAUAGAUCCAAAGAUUAUCAACAACGACAGUAUAUACAGUAAAAAAAAU